AUGGAUACAAAAUGUAUUUGCCGACUCUGUGGUAAACAAGUAUCAAAAACACUUAUUAAUAUUUUUGAUCCUGAUAAUAAUUUCGACAAGCAAAUAAAUGCACUACUGCCAGUUUAUGUCCACGAAGAUGAUUGUCUUCCAAAAUACAUGUGUAACGAUUGCCACGACAACGUGCUAAAAUUUCACAAAUUCUACCUGACAACUUUAGAAACAGACAUCGAAUUAAAAAGCCAACUUCCAUGGAUGCAGAAGCAAGUCGAGGAGACACACGACGGCAUUCCGAUGGUCCAGUACCUGAAUAGCAAGACUCUAGCGAUAGCGACAGAGUUAGAAAAUUACAACUGCUAUAGCACAAAACUUCCAGAGUUCGAUUUGAUAAAAACAAUAGAUUCAAAUCUAGUAUCAGUAAAUUCCUGUCCAUGCUCAUACUCGUGUUCAAGCUGCCUGCAUGUUAACAUCGAGGAUUCUAAUGCUUUUGACUCGAAUAUCGACGAGCUUUCUGAUUCCAACAAUGAGAUCGCGGUCGAUCCGCUGGCUCCAGAGACACCGGUCGACGUCAAAAACCUUAGUCCUCUGAAUAAUGUUAUUUGUACCGAGAGCAAAGUCGAUGUUGCACCUCCCGACGUUAAACCAAUCGAGAGCUUUCAUCGUACUUUGAGACCUCGCCAGAAAUCAACCGAAUUACCUCCGAAAAAAUCGUCGCUCAAGUCUAAAGUACGUAAGGGCAAGAGAAAAGUCCAUUUUUCUAUAAAGUCAGUGAUACAAAAGAAUUCCAAGGAUAAAAAUUUGAAGAUUGAUAGCAAAGUAUGGCAAAGAGUUGAGAUUAAAACUGAGAGGCUGGAGAAGAAUUUCAAGUUUGAUGAUAAAAAUUUACGUAGAAAAAAUAAAACUGAAUCGCUGGAGACAAAUAAUAGUGUAGUAAAAGUUGAUGGAAUAGUCAAUUGCGACGAAUUGAAAUUAAAAAAUGAUCUUGAUAACGAAAGAAUAACGAAUCAUGGCCAUAUAAAUAAAUUAUUUGAACGCACUGAUAGUCUUAAUAAAACGAUUCUUAAUGAUAGUAUUAUUAAUAGUAAUAGCAAUGAUUUGACCGUAAAACCAAACUUAACGAACAAACCGAUUAUUAUUAAGAAAGAAUGUAUGAAUGAGUUGAAUUUAAUGGAUGUUAGUGUUAAGUUAGAGAAAAUAUAUAUUAAGAAUGUAGACGAUAAGCGAGAGUUAGAAAGGAUUAGACGACCGUCAAUUGACGUUAAAAGUAUUUGCAAGGAAGCUAAAGUCGGUAGAAGAAAUUCAGCUGGCGGGAAAAAGCGCAAGAGAAAGAGAAAAAAACUUAACAAACAACUGACUAGUAAUAAGAAGAAUAAUGCUAAAGUAAAUAUUAAUAAUCUGUAUGAGACUCUUAAUUUAUCUUCGUCUUCCGGGAGGGUAGAGUGCGAUCUCUGUAAAAAAUCAUUUGCUACUCGGGAAGUAUUUAAUUUACAUUAUUGUUGUAAUACUUGA